AUGAGCAUAAGUGAGGUGGAGAGGCAGUGCACACCACGUCUUGCCGACUACUUUGUUGAACUCCAACUCGACGAAAGUCAGAUUAGGCACGGGAGUAGCGUUGGUGUUGUUACACGACGUUUGCCUUCCGUCGAAUGGCCGGAUGUCCCUUUUCCAAAUAGUAUCUCAAUGUUUUGUGUGCCACAUGGGUGGAGCUUGGCGCAUAAACAACUUGAACCAACAUUUUUUGUGUGCACGCUCACGGACUUAUUGGGAGCUCAUCAGUAUGCUUGUUGUUUGCAGGUAUAUGAACACUGCGUUGGUGGCACUGAUGAAGACUGUGACGACUCAUAUCAUCCCUCAAGUUCUAUGUACAUUCCUCGAGUAUACGUGAUACUCUCACGUUAUCCAUACUUCGAUUUGUUUCGAGCAUGCCUUCAUCGAAUCUUCGUUACUAUACAAAAUGAUGUUUCGGCGGCUGAAGUGAUGAUUGCAACAAUAAUCAGUAAAAUACUGCUAAUAGGCAGGUCUCCAAUUAGCUUCACAAUGGGAGGAGAGCGGGUUUCGGUUCAACCCAUUCUACAAAGGCGGGUACCCCUGACUGGCGAUCGUGUUACACGCUUUGCUAGGUGUUUAGGUUCAAUUCAUAAUUUAUUGACCGUGGUACGAGCCGUUCUAUGUGAUGCGAAGAUCAUAUUACAUAGCUCAUCACAGCAACGUCUCUCAGACUCUGCCUAUGCUAUCAAAUCCAUAAUAUUUCCGUUCGAAUACACGUAUACAUUUGUAACAGUGCUGCCUGAGUUGUUGUUGGAAUAUCUCGAAAGUCCUACUCCAUAUCUGAUGGGGGUACUUUCCCAAGUGAAAGGAAAACUGCCAAAUGUCGAUGCAGUUAUGGUGGAUUUGGACACGGGCGAAGUACGACUACCUGUCAGUAGCCAAUUAGCCGAACUUCCGCCUCCAUUCCGGGAACGCCUGGUGAUUAGGCUUCAAUGGGUCUUGAGUCCUGAACUCUCUACAGCUGAUCUUGCGGUUCCGCCGGCUUUACCUCCACCGCUGGAGCCUCAACUACUAGAUAAGGAAAUUCGCGCAUGCUUUGUACUGUUCUUCUCUGAACUUCUUUAUGGGUACCGUACUUGUCUUGAACUUGUUCGUCUCCACCGUCAUCCGCUCAUCGUUUUCCAUAAGGCCGCAUUCAUGGGGAUGAGGCACUUGUCAUCCCCUCUUCUUCAUGAUCUCUUUGAAGGACAAAUGUUCCAGCUUUUCGUUGCCACUCGUGGAUUGCCGUUCAGAGAAUGUGACAUUUUUGAUGAGGUAGUGUGCACAGCAUCUGUUGAUAGAGAGGAUAUGGAUGCAUCCGAAGAGAAACAACGACUAUCGAAAAUUAGCUCUUCUUUGUUAGUUAAUGAAAAACAGGAGAGUAUCAUGACAACUACACCUACUCUUGCGAAGAGAGCGUCUUUGGCCAUUUCCAAUGGUGACCAUAUAUCUCAUGAUCACUCUACUCUUCGACCUUUGAGCAACGACAGAAUCAACACUCUCGUUGAACAAAAUCGUUCACAUUGGUGCUUAGAUGAUCCAGGACGCAUACACCCAAGAGAAGUCCCGGUUCCCGGGAAACUGAACUUCUGCGAAGAACAUAUUGGUGCGAAUAGUCGGCGACUUCUGGUCCUCAGCGCUUGUGUAGAUGCAAUAUUUGACAAUAGAUUGUCUGAGGCAAGGAAGAUGAUGUGCGCAGUUGAGUUGUCGCUACGUGUCGUUGCUGCUCGAGUAGCUCUUUGUCGACAGCUUGCUAGUGCUGCUGUGCCUGUUACCAGGGCAAUGUUACUCCCGGCCCAAUUUGAGAUGGUUGUUAGGCUUCUGAACUGUGCUCUUGAGCACGAAUCUGAUGACGAUGAACAUGGAAUUGCCUACGCAUGCUUGCAUUUGGGAAACAUGUACUGCAGGCGGCUCACCCAAGGUGUUCAGCAAUACGCUUACACUUGUGUACAAGACCAUUCUGUAUGGAGUAACCAACGUUUCUGGGAAGCGGCAUUUUUCCAUGAUGUCCACGAACUCAUGCGUAGACAUUAUGGGAAAGCUCAUGAUAAUGAUAUGCCGUUGUCUGGAAAAAGCAAGUACGACAUGUGGAACCUACUUGAGCAACCCACUGCAAUGGCGGUAUCAGCUAGUCGUCUUAGCAAUCUUUCAGAUUACAGUGAAGAGGAAUUGAACAAGUGUAGCGAAGAGGAGGAGUCGAUUGUGUAUGGUCAAGCAAAACAUUAUGUGAACCUUAUGAUCUACAUGAGAGUUCCGCUCGAUGCUUCGCGACUGCGUAGAAUAGAUAAAAACGAUCUUGAAUUACGUGGCAACUCCCGUGGGUUUCGAGAAACCGAUUCAUUAUCUGGUUCUGAUGGAGAGUCCGGUUUCAUCGAAAAUGUCAACGACGGGGAUUUGGGUAGCGUGGUUAUCCCUGGGUUUGUUGCUGUUCAUAUUGACAAUCUCGAACAAGUUUAUGCAGAAAGCAGAAAACUUGCUCCACCUCCGAAGCCGAAACUUCUUACACCUACUUUACUUACACCGUGUGAACGCAUUGUAGUCGGCGGUUUGCGCUGCGUGCUUCUUCCGGAAGGACGUCCUGCUCAUGUAGAGAGUCCAGAGAAUAAUAUGAAUCUAGUUCCUGCUGAGGGAGCCUUGUUCCUCACCAACUAUCGUAUCAUCUUCAAAGGGCGACCUACAAAUCCGUUUCUUACUGAUGCAGUGGUAGUACGGUCUGUACCGAUCAUGACUUUAACAAAAGAGAAAUCUAUUGGUGAUCAAAUUUUGCAUGCUGCUGGGCACCUACAUGGCAUUUCUUCAAAGAUAGCGAGUGGGCUACACGACGGUCUCCAGAUGAGGACUUCUUGUUUUCAACUGCUCAAGGUUGCGUUCGAUGAAGAGGUAAGCGGUGACGAAGUAGAAGCUUUCAUUAAGUCGCUAUCGACCCUGCGUUGGCCAAACGUUCUACCUCAUACCUUGUUUGCGUACAACACUGUUAGUCAUCUUCUCACCUCAACUCUACCAACCGGUUCGAAAACCAAAUACAGCACAAUCCGGGAGCUGAAGAAGACCAUCGCACGUUUUCCCGGGAAAAACUCGGUGACCCGCCGACGUAUGGACUCGGUCAACAAGUGGCCAGCAUCACCGCUUGUUAAUACUGCUAUGAAAUCAUCGACACAACCUUCUAAAAAUGACACAUUCGCCAACCAUAGUGAUUAUCUUGAUCUUUCAGACAUACCGGAAAUUAUAAACCCCAUGAACUGUUCUGAUAUGCAUCGUCACCACCUCUGCGAUUACGAACGUCUGCAUCUCCGUGGUAUAGACUCUAUUUUUAGGAUCACGCACACAAAUGCUCACUAUGAUGUGGUGAAGACCUACCCUUGCGCUUUCGUAGUACCAUCAUCUGUCGGCGAUGAUGCGUUCCCCAAAAUUGCUAAAGGCUUCAAACAUGGGCGAUUGCCAGUGAUUACGUGGACAAGUGAAACUGGAGCAUUGUUAAUUAGAGGAAGUGGUCUAACUCAAAACAAUGUGGUACAGAAGUUCAAGAAGGCAAACAUUCUCCAUGGUAGCGAAUCGGUAUCAACACUAGGAGGAAGCCGUAUGACGCUAGUGUCCAAGGAUAGCGGGGAGCCAGGACCAUUGCAUAGUGCAGAAUACCAAGAGCAUUAUUUGGCUCGUCUUGCGAAUGCUUCGCCUUCAGGAAACGGUGAUUUAGGUGGGACAACUGGAAGCCUGAGCAGCUUACUCACUAUUGAUAGUCUCCUUACUGCUGAUGGAAUGUCGGUAACUACUGGUACUCCGGAUGCACGUCGGAGGAAUCAAGGAUCAGAUUUUGGACGGCAUUAUGCCACUUCCAUCCGAAGUAGCGGAGGAAAACCGGGAUCAAGAGGUUCCCUAGUAAAUCCGGCGAUUCCUUGGACCAUGGCAUCAUCAUAUGGCGAGCGGCAAUCCCAAAAGACGUUGCAACAUGCGCUUGGGAGCCUGACGCGCAGAAAUCUCUAUAUUCUCGUGGAGAAAGGUCAUUCCAAGAUUUUCCGUGGCGAUAAGAAUAUGGAAUUCGUCCCCAUUUCCUUCCCUACCACACACCAAAUGAAGAUAUCUUUCAAAAAAUUGCUUCGCGUUAUGCGUCCCAGUGUUCCUUUCAUGGAUUCUUCUUCUUCGUCAUCCACUUUUUAUCGGUCUUUGGAGGAGUCAGAGUGGCUGCAGAUGGUAUCAAAUCUUCUGUCGCUUUCGACCUCUAUUGCUAGCGUGGUUAACAUGCAGAACUCCUCGGUGGCAUUAUGUAUUGAAGAAGGAUGGGAUGCUACGUGCCAACUAGUUUCACUGGCUCAACUUAUGCUCGAUCCUUAUUAUCGAACAAUUGAUGGCUUUCAAGUUCUUAUCGAGAAAGAAUGGUUAGCUUUUGGGCAUCGAUUCUCACAUCGUGCAAAUCAUACAAUUUCUUCCCAAAAUAGUGGAAUAACUCCCGUUUUCCUCAUAUUUCUCGAUGCAGUUCACCAGUUACUAGCUCAGUUCCCUGGCGCAUUCGAAAUUAACGAUUUCUAUCUCCGCUUCCUUGCUUAUCAUAGCCAAUCUGCCUUUUUCCGAACGUUCCUGCUUGACUGCGAGUCUGAACGUGUUCAUCUUGAGCAGCUGGUCCCUGAAACGGGUGAGGGACAUCGAGGAUGUAUCUGGAUGUACAUAAAGGAGAAGACGUGCCGUAACACCAUUUUCCACAAUCUUUUUUACUCCUCUGAGGGGCAAGGAGUUGUGCUUCCGGCAAGCUCUGUUGCAGCACUUCGCAUUUGGACCUUUUAUUCAGAAGAAACUCUCAGUCACGGUUCGCCGUACGACAUUGACCUUGCCGAAGCUGAGCUGGUCGAAAGAGAUGAGGAGCGGUUUGCACAUUCUGGCGAAGGCGUAAUUACUGGGAACACUGUACUAGCAAUGUCGCUGUGUUUUCCGACCAAUGACCGUCUCAAUCCGCUUGAUAAACCGCGCAUUGGCCGGUGGUUGGCAACAUGGCAGACAGCAGAGGAAAGGAUGUUGACUAAAGAGGAUGACUAUCAGGAAAAGGAAGAGAAAAUACAUAACUUUGAGUCGCAAAUCAGACGGGUGCUGAUGAAAAGGACAGCACUCCGUGUACUACUUAGAGGGGUGACGAGUCGUUCAGCCCCAAGUCAGAAGACGGUUAGUCGAAAUCACAUAUUUGAACACUAUGGCGCUAGUGGAACGCAGUCUUCUGAAUGCGCGCUCUGUCAUUUCCCGCUGUACGGAACAGUCGUUCGCACAGGUCAAAGAUGUCGUCAGUGCGGAGUGAUCGCGCACGACAAGUGUAUCGAAUAUUCACUACCACCCACACCUUUAAAAUCUUAUGCAGACCAACAAAACACGGUGGCUAGAAGCGAAACGAUGCUGAGUGACUUUGGAGAAGGGAACGGUGGCAGAACACUAACAAUAGGUCAAGGCUUGGUCUCUUCUUCACGAACAACUCCACUGCAUCAAGGUUAUUUGAGCAAGAAAGGUGCCAAAUUUAAGCUUUGGGCACCUCGGUGGUUUGAACUCGAAGCAAACAGUCACAAGAUGUACUAUUACGAGUCGGAGCAUGAUAUGGAGUGUCGCGGCUACAUCGACCUAUGUGACGUUGGUAGUGUAGAAGUGGAAAAUAGUGGCAGUAAAGCAAUUCUCGAGUUGCGUACAAGGAAGCGUAUUUAUUCUCUGUUGGCAGAAAGCCGUCUGGUGGCCGAAACCUGGAAGGAAAAAAUUGAGAUGGUCUUGAGAGAAUAG